AUCAAAAGUGACAUUAGUUUAUUGCUUGUUGCAGGAAGAGCUGGGAGAGGUGUUCGAGAAGUGGUCGGUGGCCGCUGACAGAGCUGUCGAGCCUGUUGAGAAGGCGAAGAAGAAGGAGAGACCGGAGCCGAAGAGGCUUUCCGUCUGGUCGGAGAACAUCCUCGCCUCUUGGUCCGAGUUCAAUAACGUCAUUGCCGAAGAGCUGAGGAAUCUGCUGGAGGCCGAAGGCGAGAUGGGCUCCAGCGUUGGCAGCUCACCGGAGCCGAGCAACAUCGACGACGAGGACAGCGGGCUGGAGCGAUCUGCAGAAGUCUUGGAUCGACCUCGGUCAAAACACGAAGAGGAUUGCGGAACGCAGACUUCGCCUGCAGUUUCGCGAUGUUCAAGUUUCUCCUGGCUCAGCGAUUCUUCAACACUUCCUGAAGAAGAUUCGACCUCGUCCUCACCACCGCCUGAUAGUUCUUCCGGUGAUUCGCCAAAAGAUAAAUCUCCGUCACCGGUCACGUCGCCUAAAAGCUGUCAAAAAUGCAGAAGAAAGGAGACAUGGGAAAGACUGCGACGCCGCCAGAGCGCCAAAGGCCAGCUUCCUAUCAUUUCAAAGGAGAUCUGGGUACGUCGACAGAGUCAACUUGCCGAGUCAUCCAGCGAACCCGAGCUAGCGAACAGACCAAGCCGGCUGCCCCUGGGUCCGUCGUCAUCAUCAGGUUCUAGCCUUCCGUCCCCCUCGCUGGAAUCUAGGAGUCAGGAGAUGGGCGGCAAAUCCAACUCGGCUCCGCUCCUCGCAGGUCACGGCAACUCGUCCUUGCCCAACCGGAAGAACUACAAGCAGUCGAGAUCGAGAUCGGAGAAACAAUUACCAGAAAUCGAAGCGAGCGAAGCCUGCCAGUGGUUGAGGGCUGCCGGCUUUCCACAGUAUGCCCAGAUGUACGAAGAUCUCCAGUUCCCGAUCGACGUGAACGGUGUUCAAAAGGACCACCCGUUCCUCGACCCCGACUCGCUCCAGUCGCUCUUCAGGAGGCUUCAGGCUCUGAACCGCUGCGCCAACAUGAAACUGGACGCCCCAGCGAAACAAGCUAGAGCGGAUGACUCAGAUGAAGAGGACCAGUGUGCUCUUAGCGAGAACUGGACUUUUCAACCUGAGAUCAGAAGAUGGUCUAGAGUCACUGAAGUUACCCCGCAAAAACUGCAAGCCCUUCAAGCAGCCAGUAAAGAAGCCGAGAACAAGCAAGCAGGAAAAGAAAUUCCGGUUAUACGAUUUGGCAGCUUGCCUCCAGGGGCUUUGAGUCCGGACAGCGAACUUCUUGCUGCUAAGUUCAGACGCAGUGGGAGCGAGAGACUUAGAGACGGAGCCAAGGCAUUCCUAAGACGAGUCGAGAGCCUCAAAUCGAGAAGGAGAAAAAGGCCGAUAAGAGAUGUCACCAUCAGCGGUCCACAGGUGGUUGACAUGGCAUCCAUGGAAAGGCGUAUGCGGGACAUGAACUGCGUCGAUGUGUCUCCGCCAGAUAGCCCGAUGGCCGAAAGAGGAUCUUCAAGGCAUCUUCUCACAAGGCCUGACACAGACAGUGGAGCACUUUCCGAUUCAGAAGUACCCUGGAGGCAACAUUACUACAAAGAUGCCAACAGCAAUCACACAAAGGUUUUGGAUUUUGAUAGUCAUCGAGGAGGAAGUUAUAGAGAGAGAUUAUCCCCUUCUUCAAGAAGUACGAGCCUCACAAGCACACCAGAUAGUAAUACUUUUAGGUCCAGGCCAUUUAGACGACCUCCUGAAAUUACUAUAUUCAAAGAAAAUGAAGCUGAGAGCCCCGAAAGUAGUAGUAUAGUAAUAGACAGUGACAGUGACACCACAGGGCGAAAUAAGGGUGUGUUGAGGUGGCAUAGUUUCCAAAGAACGACAGUCAGACCUCAGUCGUACAUCGGCCAGACGGUGAAUUCGAUGUCAAGUGGUCAACUACUGGUUCUGAGAAAGCUGGCACUGCUGAAGCUAACGUCGAUAAUGGAGAAGCACUGCCCAACUCACAGAACCGGUUGGAACUGGGAACUGCCCAAGUUCAUGAGGAAAAUGAAGAACCCGGACUACAAAGACAAGACGGUUUUCGGGAUCCCUCUUUGCGUCUCUCUGCAAAGGAGUGGCCAAACACUGCCAACCUGCAUCCAGAUGGCUCUCACCUGGCUUCGCAACAAUGCCCUCGACCAGGUCGGCCUCUUCAGAAAGCCUGGAGUCAAAUCGAGAAUACAAAAACUCAAGUCAAUGGCAGAAACGCAAGGGGAUGAAAUCAGCUAUGAAGGUCAACAGGCCUUCGAUGUUGCUGAUAUGGUCAAGCAGUAUUUUCGGGAAUUACCUGAAGCUUUAUUGACGAAUAAACUCUCUGAAACUUUUAUAGCUAUCUUCCAACAUGUACCUGUGGCCUUAAGAAUAGAGGCUGUUCAAUGUGCACUUCUUUUGUUACCCGAUGAACACAGAGAAGCACUCCAGUACCUGCUACAAUUCCUGAGCGAUGUUGCAGCUCAUGCGCCAACAAACCAAAUGAACUCGAGCAACCUAGCAGUAUGCCUUGCCCCUUCCUUGUUCCAUUGGACAGCCCCGCCAAGCAGAUCAUCCUCAGUCUCUCCAAGAAGAAAUAAUGGCGUCCCUGACCCUAGGCAGCUCGGCCAUAAUAAAGCAGCUCACGAUUGCCUUCUUGCUCUUAUUAAAAAUCAUAAGGAAUUAUUUAAUGUCUGUGAUGAAUUAUUGGCACAAUGCCACUUCAGCUACAUGGAAGAAAGCGUUCCUGCUGCCCUAGAAGAGCUGGGAGUAGAGGUUCAGCAAGAUUGGAGAAGUUAUCUGUAUGCAUGUCAGACUGCUCUUCUAAAGGAAGCUAGAGAAAAGAGUAGAGGUUGGGUGAACUCUAGCAGCUGGAUGGGUGUGGACAUAUCGUAUAAAAAAGUCGGCGACGGCCAUCCUUUACGGCUCUGGAGGGUGAGCACAGAUGUCGAAGCCCCGCCAACAGAGCUGCUCCACAGGGUUUUGCGCGAGCGACAGCUCUGGGACUCAACGCUGAUCAAAUGGAGGGUCGUAACGAGGCUAGAGCCCAAUGCUGAAAUCUUCCAGUAUCUUACUUCAAGCAUACCUCCAAUUCCUUCCAAAGAUUAUUGUGUCUUGAGAUCUUGGAGAACAGAACUGGCUAAAGGAGCAUGUGUUAUCGUCGAGACGUCAGUGGAACACUGCGAAGGUCAGGUCUUGUCCGGUGGGGUGCGAGGUAUCGUUCUCGCAUCCCGCUAUCUAAUCGAACCCUGCGGCUCAGGAAAAUCGAGGAUAAUACAUUUAUCAAGGGUAGAUACAAAAGGCAGAACACCUGAGUGGUACAAUAAAACAUACGGACAGAUUUGUGCGCUUCACCUUUCAAAGAUCCGCAGCUCGUUCAAGCACACGGCCGAAGGACCGGAGAGCAAGGUAUGAUACAGGAAAAAAUCACUUUGCGUGGAUGACAUUGGUGAAGCCAAGAAAAGCUAAAACCCACUCAUUAUUCGCAACGUUAAAAACAAGUAAACAGGGUUAAAAAUUGAAUUUAUUAAGCUUCAAAAGCCA